UGUAGUUUAGUUCCUUGUUUAGGAGUGUGUGUCGUAGGUACGUAGUCUCGGCUUUCGGUCUCUAAAACAGCUAUUUUACCACAAAUAAAUCCUCUGUAGCCUCUGUAGACGCAAACUAGCCUAUGGGUUGUUUGAAUUUUUUUCAAGCAUAUUGUUUACAUAUAAACCAACUUAAAAGGAGAAAUGACACGACUCUCACUGAUCCAAGUUGUUGCGGCAAUAGGCCUAUGUGUUGUCGCUGCAGUGAACGCCCAACAAGAAGACGAUAUCUUAUUUCCAUUUGGGAUUGGAGACGCAUCAGUGACAAGUAUACUUGACGUUUUUUCAGACGUAAUAACACCUCCGAUGCCCGUUCCAUUCUUUGGUCAAAGCUUCUCUUCUUUGUUUGUGUCCGUCAAAGGCUUAAUAUCAUUUGGAGAAGGCACGACUGUGUUCAGCCCUGAGCCCUUUCCAUGGGAUAUACCAAUUCUUGCAGCCUUUUGGAGCGAUAUCGACAUUAGAACAACUGGGAAUGCGACGUACCGUCCAUAUAAUCGGACCUCUGAUAGUGAGGUUAUAUUUGAGCGUGGAGAGGCGGUUGUCAGACAAGGAAGUGACCAGUUUGGUUUCAGAGCAUCUUGGAUUUUAAUAGCAACUUGGUACGAAGUUCCAGCCUACGCAAAAGACACAAACAUAACUAAUACAUUCCAAGCUGUUUUACUGACGGAUGGUGCACAGUCUUUUGUGAUUUAUAAUUACAAAGAGAUAAGAUGGGGAAUAGCACCGGACCAACGUGAAUGGGCACAGGUUGGUUACAAUGCUGGUUAUGUCACAUACCACAGUGUAGCUGGAUCACUGACAGAUGACAUUGUAAACAUCAACGAGCGUACCAAUAUCGGCACAAGAGGGCGCUGGCUCUUCCACUUAUCCAACAGCACGAUCUUUGAUGACGAGCCUCCUGGUAUCAAUGGCUGCCCUGAUGAUGCGAUAAUUCCUGCCGCGUCAACCAUUCCGGUACCUCACUCAUGGGUCCCUCCAGUCUUCACUGAUAACUCUGGUCAGUCUGUUGAUGUGGUGUUUGGUUGCUCAGCAACUGUCUCCAAUGAAUGUCAUCAAGAUGGAUAUGGAACUUUCUCAGUUGGAGAUACCAAGGUGAUGUACAAUGGAACAGACGCGUCUGUGAAUCACAACUUCUGUAACUUCACCGUCACAAUCACAGUGGUAGAUCUGGUUUGCCCAACAACCUUUUCAGUCGUGGCGGAUCCUGGGCUCACUUUGACUAGAGUCAACUGGUUGGAACCGGAUCUUACUGGCUGGGACGAGACAAACCUUACAUCAACUGCCGUUUCUGGGGGUGAAUUUUCUAUUGGUAAACAGAGAGUGACGUACCAUCAAUGGUUUGGAAUGUACAAUCUGGUCUUGCAGUGUUCUUUAGAAUUUCUUGUGAUUGGUCAGUGUGCACCAGAAGUCACCGAAGAUGCGGUGCUUGGUACCUUGUUCUGGCCGGUGACGAUGGCUGGUUUAACUGCAGAGUCCAUCGAGAGAUGCCCGCUCACUACGACGAAUGCUGGAUUUCCAAGAGCCACAAAAAACUGUUCAACAGCACCUCCCCCUCAGUAUUUCUAUUGGAAGGAACACGUGAUUCAAAGCUGCGGUGAAGCAAUGAAGACUGUUACCGUUGAAGAUAUCGUUGAUGUUGAUGUGACGGAAGGAAAUGCAGAAGAAGUAGCCGAGUUUCUUGUCAAUCAGACUUCUUCAAAUUCUUCAUCCAGCGAAAGUGACGUGGAAGCGAUUUCACAGAUUUUGGAAAACAUUGUCAGUGCAGGAUCUGGGGAUCCAGAGGUGACUGAUGCCGUGAUCGAGACAGUCUCUAAUGUCAUCAUGAACGCCAAAGAGACGCAAGAUUCCCCGGACAGUAAGAGCUCCUCGGCCAUCAUCCAGUCAGUAGAGGCUCAAGUUUCCCUGACCCUUCAGCAAGAAGGAAAGGUCAGCAUACAACAGGAUACCAUCCAUGUCGAGGCAGUGAGUAUUGACCCCAUAGACGCAAGUAAUGGGUUCAGCUUUGCAUCAGUACAACAGGAGACAGCUGGCUCGAGGUCACCACAAGAGGGCUCUCUAGAUGGGACUGAGAUCAAAACAUUCACGAAUGCCAGUGAAAUACCAAGUGAUGUUGUUGCAUCGAUUAAGUUACCAGCGAACAUCAUGUACUUGCUACGACAAGCAGGUAACAGCACAACAUCACUACAAGCAAGUUUUAUAGUCUACGCUGACGACACGUUGUUCCAGACUGGAGUUAUGGAAGGUUCAAACGGCACAAACAACGUGACAACAAAAGUCGCUGGGUCCAUCGUUUCACUGGCAGUAGAAGGUGUCAAGUUAAAAAACCUCACUGAUCCAGUGGUCAUUGACUUCAAGAUUCUACCCAGUGUAUCCCGAGAAGACGACACAAUCAAAUGUGUGUUCUGGGAAUUUGGUGAGGAGUCCAGUUUCUGGUCCACAGAGGGCUGCCAGCUUGCUGAGAUUACCGAUGACAAAGUGUCAUGUGAUUGUGACCAUGCUACUAAUUUCGCCAUACUUGUGGAUGUGAAGGGUCAGAAACUUAGAGAUGAUGGUCUCUCCUUCACCCCAGCACUUGAUCUCAUCAGCCAAAUAGGAGGUGCUCUAUCAGUCGCAGCUCUUGCUAUUACAGUAGUAAUUUAUUUGUCUAUAAGCAAACUACGCACCGGCAAAUCUCGUCAGAUUUUCAUCCAUUUUUGUUUCUCCUUGUUGAUGCUGUACAUCGUGUUCCUGGCUGGCAUUGACAAUGGAAGGGGUUCUGGAGGAUGGUGUGUACUUGUUGGAGCUCUGAUUCACUACUUGAGUCUGACCACCUUGAUGUGGAUGGCUGUUGAAGCCAGGAAUAUGUACGUCAGCACCGUCAAGGUGUUCCCUGAAGACACGCCACGAUACAUGAUCAAAGCUGGACUCCUUGCUUGGGGAUCUCCACUGAUUGUCCUGACCGCAACUUUGGCAGCAGCGACAGAAUCCUACAAGCAUGAUGAUUAUUGUUUCAUCUCUCCUGGUCUGGCCAUGUACCUCGGUCUCCUCACUCCAAUCGCUCUCAUCCUCCUCCACAACGUCAUCACUUUCAUCCUGGUCAUGCGCAGUCUCCUCAAGGUCAAAGAGGCAUCUCGGUCAGAGCAAAUGACCAAACGCCUCCAGAAUGCUGUGGGAAUCUCAGCCCUCAUGGGCUUAACUUGGUGCUUUGGGUUUCUGGCCAUUGAAGGGGCAACUUUUGCCUUCCAGCUCCUCUUCUGUCUGUUUAACUCCUUGCAGGGUGUGGUCGUCUUUGUCAUGUUCUGUGCUCGACGUGAAGAGGUCCGAGCAGCGGUCGCCCCUUACCUUAAACGGAUCUGCUGUUGCCGUGUCUGUCAAGCACCUGAGCUUCAUCCCGAUAGGUCCUACGAUCUCCCAACCUCUCAGACUGCACUCGGCACUUCAAGUAUUAAUAAUGAUAGGAAUAUGAAACAUUCAUAUACCGCUCUACGGAGAACAGAGCGCUUUACCUGAGACUAUGACAACAAAAGAAAAGAAAAACAAACAAACUAGGAUGG